AACCUCCGAGUUGAAGCCGCUGGUGCACUUCGCGGGUGAUAAGGCGUGUUGGAGGCGAUGUCCUUGGAGGUGACCAGGGCGACCGCGGGGAUGGUGCUAGCAGAGCUGUAUGUCUCAGACCGAGAGGGAAGUGAUGCUACUGGUGAUGGAACCAAGGAGAAACCUUUUAAAACAGGCCUUAAGGCUUUGAUGACAGUUGGAAAGGAACCCUUUCCUACCAUUUACGUAGAUUCACAAAAAGAAAACGAGAGGUGGGAUGUUAUUUCUAAAUCACAGAUGAAGAACAUUAGAAAACUGUGGCACAGGGAACAGUUGAAGAGUGAAUCCCGGGAAAAGAAAGAGGCAGAAGACAAUUUACGAAGAGAGAAGAACCUGGAAGGAGCAAAGAAGAUUACCAUUAAAAACGACCCAAGUCUUCCAGAGCCAAAUUGCGUGAAGAUUCGUGAAUUAGAAGGAUAUAGAGGCCAAAGAGUAAAGGUAUUUGGCUGGGUCCACAGGCUGCGUAGGCAAGGAAAGAAUUUAAUGUUUCUGGUGUUGCGCGAUGGUACGGGUUAUCUCCAGUGUGUCUUGUCAGAUGAUUUGUGUCAGUGCUACAACGGAGUAAUAUUGUCCACUGAGAGUAGCGUCGCAGUGUAUGGAAGGCUAAACCUUACCCCAAAGGGCAAGCAGGCUCCAGGGGGCCAUGAGUUGAAUUGUGACUUCUGGGAGCUGAUUGGGUUGGCCCCCGCUGGAGGCGCUGAUAACUUAAUCAACGAGGAGUCUGACGUUGACGUCCAGCUCAACAACAGACACAUGAUGAUCCGGGGAGAAAACAUGUCCAAAAUCCUAAAAGCACGUUCUGUGGUCACCAGGUGCUUUAGAGAUCACUUCUUCGAUAGGGGGUACUAUGAAAUCAGUCCUCCAACGUUAGUGCAAACACAAGUGGAAGGCGGUGCCACACUCUUCAAGCUGGACUAUUUUGGGGAAGAGGCGUAUCUCACUCAGUCCUCUCAGCUGUACCUGGAGACCUGCAUUCCAGCUCUGGGAGAUGUUUUUUGUAUCGCACAGUCAUACAGGGCAGAACAAUCCAGAACACGAAGGCACCUGGCUGAAUACACUCACGUGGAAGCAGAGUGCCCUUUCCUGACCUUUGAGGAGCUCCUGAACCGAUUGGAGGACUUGGUCUGUGACGUGGUCGAUAGAGUCUUGAAAUCACCCGCAGCAAGCAUAGUGCAUGACCUCAACCCGAACUUCAAGCCCCCCAAACGGCCUUUCAAACGGAUGAACUAUUCAGAUGCUGUUGUGUGGCUAAAAGAACACAAUAUAAAGAAAGAAGAUGGAACUUUCUAUGAAUUUGGAGAGGAUAUCCCAGAAGCUCCUGAGAGACUGAUGACGGACACCAUUAAUGAGCCCAUCUUGCUGUGUCGAUUUCCUGUGGAGAUCAAGUCCUUCUAUAUGCAGCGAUGUCCCGAGGAUUCCCGCCUUACCGAAUCUGUCGACGUGUUGAUGCCCAAUGUCGGUGAGAUUGUGGGAGGCUCGAUGCGUAUCUGGGACAAUGAAGAGAUACUGGCAGGUUAUAAAAGAGAAGGAAUUGACCCCACUCCCUAUUACUGGUACACAGAUCAGAGAAAAUAUGGCACAUGUCCACAUGGAGGCUAUGGCCUGGGCUUGGAACGAUUCUUAACCUGGAUUCUGAAUAGAUACCACAUCCGAGAUGUAUGCUUGUACCCUCGAUUUGUCCAGCGCUGCAAGCCAUAACUGAUUCCUCCUGGAGAUUUAAGGAAAGAACACGGUUCAUGGAACAGGCUGCCUCUUUAAAAAAAACAGCCAAAA